AUGGAUUUAAUUGAUAAUAAUGAAAAUAAUAUGAUAGCAGCACAGUCUAAUAUCCCUCGAAUGACAGUAACAAUAGAAUUUCCGCGGGAACUAACCCAAGAGCAGAGAGAUCUCAAAAAUGAUCUUCUAACGAUCUUUGCAAGUGCAAAUGACUUGCAGAGAAAGAUUUCGGAUGCAACCGACAAAAUGCUUAUGAACACAGAAGUCUGGAAGGAGCUGAUCACUAUGAAUUUCUCAGAAGAAGCAAGAAAAAGAAAAGUAGCACACUUCUUGGCUACAAACUGGAUAAAGGAGCAAAAUGAUGACCUUAUUCAUAUUGUGGGUAUGCUAAAGAGCAAAAACUGCCAGUUGAACAAUAUAAAGAUGGAAGACAAGUCUAAGGAAGAAAGAUUAGACCUCUUCCUGAAAGAAGUUGGCAGAACUAUAGCACACUGGAUAAAAAUAGAAUUUGCAAUAGAUCUAAUAGUUGACAGAGACUAUAAAGACGCGCAAACCAAAGGUAAUUCAUUACGGAUGACAACCCAGGAGAGAAACUAUACAAAGGCUCUGCACCAAGCAUAUAGAAUGAUAAUCAAUGAAAGCAAUAUGAUAAAAGACAAAAAUUCAAACAUGCACCACUAUAUGAAAAGCGUUGUGGAGAAAUACUAUCAUCGGAUAUGUAAUGUGAUUAGACUGGACGAGAAAGAUAUAAAAGUACAGCCAGUUGAUAAAAUAUUCAUGCACAACCCAGAUGCAGUUAAUAUUGAGGAUAUACUGCGAAGUAUAGAGAGUAAGUUUGCAAUGGAGAUGGAAAAAGCCCAGCAUAAUACACGUGCUCUAGUUAUCGCAUUAAUAAGUGAUUUGAAGACUAUUUUGCAAAAUUGGGAUGACAUUGUGAAGGCGGAGGAGACGGUAAGAAAACUUUUCUACAGUGAAAAACUAGAGAACUUAGUAUACAAUUUGAAUGGAAGGGAUGAGAAUACUUUGAAAGAAUUCAACAAGAAGCUAGACAAGUAUAUAAGCCAACACAUAAAACGAAAAGAAGCUGAUGUGUUAAAAGCACAUGCGAAGAUACAUGGGAUACAAAGUAAAACAGAGUAUCUUCUUAAGAUAUACCACAACUUGAUAAAUCUUAUCAAAAAUAACGGUGAUAUUAUCAAGAAGGCAAAACAGAUAGAGUUUUCUACAAAUAUUAUUCAGUGUCUGGGCGGAGGCGAACUGUAUAAGAUUUAUUCUUAUCAAGCAGAAAGCCGUGUGCAGCCAUUCAGUAGAGAGCAGAAGAGUAUAGUAAAUAACUACGGUAUUGGGUCAAAGAGAAAGAUUUUUUCAUCUUUAGGCAGGCUGAUUUCAUUAUUUUGGUCAAGACGCAUGCACCAUGUGGUCUAUGAAAGCACAAUACUCCAGGAAAACACACAACAGUUUGGCAAUGGAUCUGUGUUGAGUAAAACCAUGAAUGUAUUAAAAGACACGGCAAACGGAAUAUGCAGCGCAUUUGAUGAUAUUGAGGAAGUAUGUGUGAAGGCAGCUACUGAGACAAUGAGUGCAGUAGGUCUCUCACGUAUGGAAAAUUCCUAUGAAUAUAUUGAGAACAAGCCUAUGCAAGAGCCAAUUGUUGAAGAAAACUCGCAGCCACUAAGGCAUACUCAUGUGGAUGCUUCAAAUGGUGCACCUGCAUGGAUAAGAACAGAGCCCUCAACAAAACCUCUUAUAAUAGCCCAUACUGUGCCGUUUUUGAUAGUUACUGCUAUUCUACUAAGACUAUCAAUAUACUCUACGACUAUGGGAUUUGGGCUGGUUAUAAAAUAUCUUAAAAAUACAGCAGCAUUCAAUUUAUUUAAAGUUAAUGCGGGUUUAAUCGGAUUAAUUGGGAUUUUUUUAGUCAAAAAUACUACUAAUAUUUUAUUAACAACUGCUAAGGAUAUAUGGAAUAGAAAAGCCAAAGGCAGUGCUAUCUGCGCUGCAGUGAUUGUAUUAUACACUACUGUGGUGGUUGGGUCUGGCUUAUUAGGUCCCCUUACAUUAAAUGUGCAAGAGUUAGAGGUAAGCUUAUACUGGAUAGUAAUAUUUGCUCUUACAACUUGGGCAUUUGUUAAAUAUGAUAGGGACCUUAGAGAAGAAAUAGAGGAAGAGGAGUAUAGUUCGGAAAACUUCAAAAAGGUUGAUAGAAGCACCUUCAUAGUAUGUUUCUGUUGUUUCUCAACUACUUUAAUCACUUUACUUUUCUACGUAAUGCAUGAAACAAUCAAAUAUGUUGCGCCUGUUAAAGUCAAUACGUUAUAA